GCCAGCGUGGAGAAGGCAGAGCUAUGGCAUCGCUGCUGUGCAACGCCCGCAUCCAGCUCACAGACACACUGGAGCAGAUGCAGCAGGGGACUCUGAUGCGCAAAGUCAAGUCCAAGAGCUGGAAGAAGCAGCGUUACUUCAAGCUGCAGGAAGACUGCAUGACCAUCUGGUACCAGUCCAAGAGGACAGGCAAAACUGAGUCUGCCUUCUCCAUCAGCGAUGUGGAGACGGUGCGGGAAGGGCACCAGUCGGAGGUGCUGCAGAGUGUGGCUGAGGAGUUCCCCCCCGAGCGCUGCUUCACCAUCGUCUUCUACGGCCGUCGCGGCAACCUGGACCUCGUUGCUGGCUCGGCAGACGAGGCACAGUGCUGGGUACAGGGCCUGCGUCAGCUCAUCGAGGUGGCCACCACCAUGGACCAAAGGGAGAAGAUAGACCAAUGGAUUCGUGACUGGUUCCAGAAAGCUGACAAGAAUAAGGAUGGGCGCAUGAACUUCAAGGAGGUGCAGCGUCUCCUGAAGAUGAUGAACGUGGACAUGAAUGAGGAUCAUGCCCUGAGGCUCUUCCAGGAUGCUGACAAGUCAGAGUCGGGGACGCUGGAAGGGGAGGAAUUUGUGCUCUUCUACAAGGCUCUCACGCAGCGUGAGGAGGUGCUGAGCCUCUUCCGGGAAUACUCCGAGGAUGGAAAGAAGCUGACACUGCUGGAGCUGGCAGAUUUCCUGCGGGAGGAGCAGCUGGAGGAUGAGGGCACAGAGGAGCUGGCCAUGGAGCUCAUUGACAAGUAUGAACCAUCAGAGACAGCCCGGGCCCGCCACGUGCUGAGUGCUGAUGGGUUCCUCAUGUACCUCUGCUCCCUGGAGGGCUCCAUCUUCAACCCCCAGCACCGGGGGCUGUGGCAGGACAUGAGCCAGCCACUCUGCCACUACUUCAUCUCCUCCUCCCACAACACCUACCUGAUAGAGGAUCAGCUCCGGGGCCACAGCAGCAUCGAGGGCUACAUCAGGGCUCUGAAACGAGGCUGCCGGUGCCUGGAGGUGGAUUGCUGGGAUGGGCCAAACGGGGAGCCCAUGGUGUACCACGGCCACACCUUCACCUCCAAGAUCCCCUUCCGGGAGGUGGUGAGCACCCUGGGGAAGUACGCCUUCAAGACCUCGGACUACCCGGUGAUCCUGUCCCUAGAGAACCACUGCAGCAUGGAGCAGCAGGAGGUCCUGGCCCAGCAGCUCAAGGACAUCCUGGGGGAACAGCUCCUCACCACUACCAUCGAUGGGCAUGUCCCCUCCCAGCUCCCAUCCCCAGAGGAGCUGAAGCACAAGAUCUUGCUGAAGGGCAAGAAGAUUGGGCGGCUGGAGGACACCCUGGAUGGGCCAGGGGAUGAGGCUCCUGAUGUGUCUGAUGAUGACAAUGAGGCAGAGGCAGAGGAGGAGAGGCGGAGGGCAAAGGUAAGGACACAACCUGGCUCUGCCUUGCAGAAGGACAAGGAGACCUUGGCACAAGCAUUGUCCGACUGUGUCAUCUACUGCAAGAACGUGCCCUUCCGGGGCUUCCAGGAGGCCCGCAGCCAUUCCCGGCCCUCUGAGAUCUCCUCCCUCUCUGAAGCCAAGGCCAGGAAGCUCAUCCGGGAUGAAGGAAAUGAGUUUGUUCGCCACAAUGCCUGGCAGCUGACACGCAUCUACCCCAGUGGGAUGAGAACUGACUCCUCCAACUACAGCCCCCAGGAGAUGUGGAACGUGGGGUGCCAGAUUGUGGCCUUGAACUUCCAGACAGCUGGCAUGGAGAUGGACCUAUGUGAUGGGCUCUUCAGCCAGAAUGGCUGCUGUGGCUAUGUGCUCAAACCACCCUUCAUGAGGGACAAGGAGACUCUCUUCAACCCCAGUGACCCCAGCAGCCGGGAAGGCCCCGGCCCCAUCACCCUGACAAUCCAGGUAAUCAGCGGGCAGCAGCUGCCCAAAGUGGCCAACAGCAAGGAGGGAGCCAUCAUUGACCCACUGGUGCGUGUGGAGAUCUACGGGGUCCCCGCGGACCAGGCGCACCAGGAGACCAAGUACAUCGAGAACAAUGCACCUGCUCUCUCUUCCCAGGGUUUUAACCCCCGCUGGGAUGAGACACUGCAGUUUCAGCUCCACGUGCCCGAGCUGGCCCUCAUUCGCUUUGUGGUGGAGGAUUAUGACAAGACGUCCAGGAAUGAUUUUGUGGGUCAGUUCACCCUAGCAUUUGCCAACAUCAAACCCGGAUAUCGGCACAUCCAUCUCCUCUCAAAGGAUGGCACCAGCAUCCCACCCUCUUCGCUCUUUGUCCACAUCCGCAUCACUGAGCCACCUGGCCCUGAGCAGGACUGAGCUCAUGAGGAGAGCAGCACCCAGAUGGAAGCCAUAGAGCCAGCUCCAAGCAGAUGGGGCCACAGAGCCAACCAAC